UUCUCAUAACAAGAAUAACAACGCCACAGUUCUUUUAAUUUGGCCUGUCCGUUCUCCAACAUUCUGCCUUUUACUAUAAAAAGGUCCCAACUCUGAAUUUAGAAUGCAAACACUACACGUUCCUCGAGUUGCACGUCCGACAUUUAUUUCCAUUUCCAUGAAACGGAACGGCGUCGCUCCGCUCGAGUGCCGAAACCACAGAGAUCGAACACACCUGCAAUGCUCUUUGCUCGUGGCCCCAGACGAACAUUCAUCACUUUUUCGUCGUCUCCCUCUCUCCCUUAUUCUUCCUUUCCUGGCUCUGCGGGAAAAAAUUUUACUGUUCUUUUCUCCAUUCAGAGAAAAAGCAGAAAAGGACGCCCAUGUACCAUCCGGCGGAAAAUACGAGCAGCACCUCUCUCUCUCUUUCUCUCUCUCUCCGCACAAAUCCGCACUCCACGACUACCACGACCGGCGUAUCCGCCGUCUUCUGUCCGUCACAAUGUCAAUCUUCCCUCCCCACCACCGUCGCUUCUUCUUCUUCUUCUUCCUUCUCUACGUCAACUACGUCACGAGCACCCCACUUCCAGGCACUAGGAGUAGGAGAUCUCUUCAUCAACCGUUCUUCCCCGCCAACUCCAGCAACCCUUCACCUCCUCCCGCGACACCCAUCACCUCUAGCCCCAGCAGUAGCAGUAGCGGCGGCGGAGGCGGCAGCCAGUUCUUUCCUGUGAACCCCACUCCGACUGCCACCACCAAUCGCCCACCUGCCGCCAUUCCCUCCGUAACCAUUCCCGCAAACCUCUCUGGCCUUGCCUGGCCAACCUUAGCAAGAGACGGCCCCAGUGACGCUAAGAAAGUCAUCGUUGCCGUUGUCAUCAGCCUCAUUGCUCUCGCCGCUCUGCUUACCGUUAUCUUCUUCUUCCGUCGUCGGAACUCGGGUGAAUUCUCCUGGAAAGCCACCAGAUCGACCAGCAUCCGCCUCUUCUCGGCGGGCGGUCCCGGCUCUGUCGCCAGUAAAGAUGGGGUAGCCAGUGGCUCGGACGUCCUGUACUUGGGGACCUUGGUGGAUUCCCACAGGCCACAGGGAGAAGAUUCCCCGGUCCUUAGCACUCACAACCGGAAACUGAGCUCCCCAGCAAGCUUCCACCAGCGCAGCCCUGACCUCCACCCUUUGCCGCCUCUGUCGCGCCCAUGCUGGCCAUCAGAGGAUGGUGGGGAGUCGACGGACGACGGCGACAACGAGUCCUUCUAUUCACCGAGGGCCUCUUCAAGCGGAAACCACCAUGAGAGCUCAGAUGCUGGAGCAGACUCCCAGCGCGUCUUCCUCAUGCAUUCUACGACGAGGCACGAGUUUGGUGGGUCGAUUGCGACAACGCCUUCCUACCCCUCUUCCCAGUCAACGUCUCCGGUGGCCUCGAAGGCUCCCUCACUGGAGCUGGACACGGAGUCCUCGGCCUCUGAUGGUCCCACGCAUGACAGUUUCCGGUUACCGCCACCAUCAUCGCCUAUGACGCUCGGGCAGAGAAACAUAUUGCCGUCUCCACCGUCUUCUCCUUCAGAAAAAUCAACAGCGUCUGAUAAAUCAACUGUAUCUGGAAACCAGUCGCUUUCGGGUCAACCAGCCCCUCCAAAGCAGACCAUAUUUCCAAUGAAGCUUCCGCCUCCCCCGCCACCACCACCACCCAAGGGGAGUCUCUGUCAAUUUUCCGUCCCUCCUCUGCCUCCAAGUCGACCAAUUUUCCGGCCUCCACCUUUGAUAACCCCAAAAAGGAAUUCACAGUACAUGAAAUCCGAAAGCUCUCUAGAAGCUAAGUCACAAGGCAAACUCAUUUCUCCGAAGAACAACGAGCCACCGGCCGAAAAUUCGCUGGACAAUCCACGUCCUAAAUUGAAGCCACUGCACUGGGACAAGGUUUGGGCGAGCUCAGACCGCGUAAUGGUGUGGGACCAAUUGAAAUCUAGCUCCUUCCAAUUAAAUGAAGAAAUGAUCGAAACCCUGUUCGUGUGCAAUCCCACGAAUGCAGCACCAAAGGAGCCGCAUCGAUGGGCUGUUCUUACAUCACCGGUUCAAGAGAACAGGGUGCUGGACCCGAAGAAAUCCCAAAAUCUUGCCAUCCUGCUGAGAGCCCUCAACGUCACAAAGGAGGAAGUCUGCAAUGCGCUCAGUGAAGGUAAUACUGAUGGAUUGGGUGCUGAGCUAUUAGAAACUUUAUUGAAAAUGGCUCCAACAAAAGAGGAAGAGCUGAAGCUGAAAGGUCAAACGGAAGAUGGCAACUCUAAGCUUGGAACUGCUGAGCGCUUCCUUAAGGCUGUGCUUGACAUACCAUAUGCAUUCAAACGAGCGGAUGCCAUGCUUUACAUGGCCAACUUUGAAUCAGAGGUUUCGUAUCUCAGAAAAUCGUUUCGAACUCUUGAGGCUGCAUGUGAGGAGCUGAAAUGCAGCCGCCUCUUUCUCAAGCUCCUGGAGGCGGUACUAAAGACCGGAAACCGGAUGAACGUCGGCACCAACAGGGGCGACGCGCAGGCCUUCAAGCUCGACACCCUCUUGAAGCUUGUAGAUGUGAAGGGCACCGAUGGCAAGACCACCCUUCUGCACUUCGUCGUCCAAGAGAUCAUCCGCUCGGAGGAAGCACACCUUGCCAAUCUACGAUCUCCAUCGGCGGAGCUGUCCCCUGCCGGAAUCCCCCGUAAGCAUGGCCUUCAGGUAGUUGCAGCUCUCUCCGGUGAGCUCAGCAAUGUCAAGAAGGCUGCCUCCAUGGACUCCGACGUCCUCGGCUCCUCCGUCCGCAAGCUGGCAGCUGGCCUUGAAAAGGUCUCUGAUGCCCUCCGCCUUUCCGGCGACGAUGAGGCCAAUGCACAGUUCGCGUCAUCCAUGUCCUCGUUCAAGAGCAAGGCCGAGGAGGAGAUCGCUCAGAUUAGAGCAGAGGAAAAUGCGGCGCUCACGCUUGUCAAGGAGAUCACCGAGUAUUUCCAUGGCAAUGCGGCUCGCGAGGAGGCCCAUCCCUUCCGCAUCUUCGUCAUAGUCAGUGACUUCCUCGACGUGCUUGACCGUGUAUGCAAGCAGGUUGGAAAAAUGCAGCAGCAAACAGCGGCAGCGAGUGCGGGCCGUCAAUUACCGAUUCCUGCAAACCCCAUACCAGCACCGACUGCUCGGGUCUUCCGGAGGCGAUGGACGGACAGUGACGAAGACAGUGGCAGCUCAUCUUCGUGAUCAAAUUAUCUCCGGCGUUUCUUUCUUUGAUCCUCAUCAUCAACGCGCAUAAGCAGCAAGCUUCCCAAUAUCGACAUUUGCGCAUGGGUGAAAAAUUGAGAUGCGGUUCUCUGCUUCUCCUUUUCCUUGUAUGUAUAUUUACAUGGGGAUUUAUUUUAUUAUGUACAAAGAGGGUUUCACUUAACGUAGAAAAGACGGACGUGUUUUGUCCC